CAUCAGCACAUAUCCCAGCAUCCUUUGCGCGGUGACGACGAAGGGCAUAUUUCCGGAGCGCUCCGAGGACACAUCAAGAAACGUCCCAAGUAUCUUUCAGACGUGUGAUUGAAGUUCAUCAAGAUGUCUGAGACAAUUGAGGACAAGAUCAGGAACUACAGGACGGCUCCCUUUGACGCCCGUUUCCCAAACACUAACCAGACCCGCAACUGCUUCCAGAACUACCUGGACUUCCACAGGUGCAACAAGGCCCUGUCAGCCAAAGGCCAGGAUGUGGCUCCCUGUGACUGGUACCACAGGGUUUACAAGACCCUCUGUCCCAUGAGCUGGGUCGGCAAAUGGGAUGAGCAGAUAGAGAGCGGAAGUUUCCCUGGGAAGAUCUGAAACUGACAGCCGUUGUUGAUCAGGACAGUCUAUAACACUCUGUUACGCGCACGUUUACCUCCUCUUUAGUGUGCCUAAGGACAUCUUCAAAAAGCUAACACAUCUUCAUCGGUGAUGUUACUCUUAUUGACUUAAAAUGUAACCACGCACAACUUUUUACCCUGCAUGUUAAGGUCUGAAGGUUUUUCCUGUCCUUACUGUAAAGUUCUUUCCGGCUUUGUUCAUCAAUAAAUACAGUGCAGAUUUAAUAAAAGGAUGUCGUUCAUUA